AGAGGGCCGUGUGGCGAGAAAUCUGAGUUUUGAGAGGGAUCUUUAGGGUUGGAAGCCCAGCGGAGGGGGGCGCUGGGUUAGGGGAGGGCUGGUGUGAGGAAGGGCGUCUGAGAGGAGUGAUCUGGGAAAGGGGCUCCGAGAACGAAGGCUCCAGACCCUGGGGAAGCUCAUGGGCUCCGAGUGGUUGUGUGUUUCUGAUAGGGAGACCCCUAUGUUUAGGGGAAUAGACUCCAAAUAAUGAGGGCUCCUGGGUUUGAAGAUGCUCCAGGGAUCUGACGAACGGAUGACUCUCUACCUCACCUUCCCUGUGGCUAUGUUCUGGAUUGCCAAUCAGGCCGAGUGGUUUGAGGACUAUGUCAUACAGCGCAAGAGGGAGCUGUGGCCACCUGAGAAGGAGGACCAGCGCCGGGAGCUAGAAGAAUUCAAAGAGAGGAUACGGAAGCAGCGGGAGGAGAAGCUCCUUCGUGCUGCCCAGCAGAGCUCCUGAAUCCUAGCGCCUCCACCCGUGAAAUAACACACACACAGUUUCUUGUUUCUUG